AUGGUACGCCUCUCUAACCAACUCGGUUUCGCAAUCGGUUCCGCGAAGAAUAUGAGGCCAUAUGAAAUAGAACGGCGGCAACAAUCCCAGGGAUGUAAUCUGGAAUACAAUAAAGUAGUGGAUUAUUGGAAUGCACGUCCUUUGAGAUCGACCAACCCCAAUAAGCCUCAAUAUAACCAGUACCAUGGCUCGCAAAAUGGGCGGUUUCACCGUUCUGCAAUUCCGGGGCGGGAGGGAAAUGGCUCAUCGAUAAUUCCAACUAUGAAUUCACGGCCACUUGUUGCAUGGACCCUAGAUGAGGAACCAGUUUUCAGAUAA